UUUGUACAAUAUAGUUAGUGAGGUUAAGUUUAUUAAAUGUAUUUAUUUAUAAAUACAGAGAAAUGAACUUGAAAACUUCACAAAAUUUCAAAAAAGGUAUAUGAAAAAGGCCGCUUUCACAUUUUAGUCAUACGUAGCAAUUUAAAAAUGAUUAAGAUUAGGGCUUUAAAUCGUGACUCAUUAUCCGACGAAGAUGCCCCAACCAUACGCAGAGAAGCCCAAGAGGAAAUUGCCCUCGACAUGUACAAUAAAGCUUUACGACAUCAAUGCAAUGGGAAUUAUGAAGAGGCUGUUUCAAUUCUUGAAAAACUCUUAACAGAGAAUAUUCCCCAGCUAGAAUCACAAGGCGGACUCCCCAAGACUAUGUCAACCCUUAAAUAUUCAUGUUAUUUCAAUGUAGGGAAUAUUUAUGUCCAGAAAAAGAAUGAUUCUGAUGCCUUAGAUAAUUUUCUAAAGGCUGCAGAUUUGGACUCUUCUGAUGUUACAUUGUGGCAUAAAAUAGGCACAAUAGCUUUAAAAUUAGACAGGUUUCGCCAAGCUGCUUAUGCUUUCCUAAAGGGCCUGGAAUGCAAUGAGUCUCACUGGCCUUGUUUGGAUAAACUAAUUUCAGUUUUAUAUGCUAUUCAAGAUACAGUGACAUGCCUCUUAUAUAUAGGAAAAGCACUCGUUUUAGAUAAAGAUUACAUUAAAGGUCAUGUGGUUAGAAAACUCAUUUUUGAAUCUAACCCAGCUGCUAAAGAAUACUAUCAAGCAUACAAUCCGGAUUAUAUUUUAGAGCCUGAUUUUGAUGGUGUGGUUACAGAAGAAGAUGAAAAAAUGAUAAUAAAAAAUUUGGAGCCUUUAUGUAAAAGAUUAAACGAAGUGGAAAAAAGUUUUGGCCCCAAACCACUCCCAUGUAUAGCACUGCCAACUGCUUUGCAAGAUUUUACUUGGGUUUCACUAGGAAAAACCAUAUUAAAUCUCCACAAUUAUAUAACUGAAAAUAAGCUGAGUUACUUUUCAAAAGUGGACAUAACAAAAUGUAUGAGCAGGGAAUACACUGAUGUUGAAGCAGUUCCCAUUGAAAACACGGCGGAAAACUCCAACGAAAAUGUAAUAGAUGCAAAACCCAUUGUUUUACCAAGCACUGAACCACAAACUAUGGAAGUAGAAAAUGAAGUAAAACCUGAAGACAAUUUUGAACAACGUCGUCCCUCUUUAAGUAGUGAAAAUAAUAAUUUAAGUGAACCUAAUUGCAGUCAAGGAGAAGAUAACGAUGAAAUGGAUCAGGAUACUGAAGACCAAGAGGAUAAUUCCGAACAGAAAGAGGAGAAAAAACGAACUGCAAAACGCAAACGUGACUUACUUUCAGAUCUGCAGAUCUGGGGGUGGCAUAGCAAAAGGAAAUCAGCAAAGAAAGGAAAAAGUGAAAAGGAUUUUACCAUUCAAGGUGCCCUCACAAGGAUAAUACCGUCGUAUUUGCUUCCAAAUGGUAUAAACAUAGAAAGAAAUAAAAAUUUUGAUAAAAACAAAGGCAUUGAUAAUAUAUUCACUAAUUUCAAAAGCCAAUUAUCUUCGACUUCUGUAAACUUUGAAAAAUACUUUGGAACUGAAAAUGAAAAAAACGACGUUACUAACUUUUGGACUAAAGAGCGCGAACAUUUGGAUGUUGUUGAUUUAAUUGAAGAGUAUACUGUAUCUUUAGCCAAAAUGUGGAACAAAAAAUGGCCAAAAGAAUUAAUUUCGUUGUAUUUAAAAGCCUAUGAUAAAUACAGGGAACAUUUUGAACACCCUGAGCUGUUUAAUGGUUUGUCUUCAUUUGAAGAGAUAAAAAAUGACGCUUUAGUGACUUUGAUGUAUGGAGAAAUUGUAUAUUUUUAUUUAAAAACAGAAGACAAAGACAAACGAAAGGUGCAUCCAACUUCUUUGAUUCAAUUACAGUUGUUAAGUACUUGGAAAGAACAGUGGCAGGAAGAUUAUUUUAUAAUGUUUGUAAGAAUACACUGGCUAAGAGCUUACGUCCUUAAAGGACUUUCUAAUCAUACUCUUGCAAUUUGUGCAUAUCAACUGAUAGAAGAAGUUAUAAAUGAGGAAGAGAGUAAUAAGACUGAUUCCCAGUUUAUGUUAGUAUUACCAAACUGUACUAAUUAUAAUAUGAUAACAAAGGAAAUCACACAAAAACUACUGCACCAUUUAGAAAUAAUCGAAUCAUUGAGUCACGUACAAGCCCUUUACGAAAAGCAAUUAUAUCAUGAAGUCAUCGACAUUCUAAAACAAACUUUUAAUUGUGGUUCAAAUGCUCCCACGUGGGGUAAAAUGGGCAGACCUGCACAGUUAGGCUUCCUGCUACAUUCCUAUUGGUUCGUCGAUCGAAUAGAAUGUUUCAUUUGGACUGAAAAAUGUUUGUCUGAAGCAACUGAACACUUCAUAAGUCCCACAGUGGAUGACGAUAAAUGGGACAUGCUACUAUGCAAGUGUAUUAGCAUUCUUCAUGAAAUAAUCAAAGAAGAAACAGUAACAGUUGUCGAUAAUCUUUCCCAAGAAAAUCGAAUUAGAUUGAUAGAAAAUUUAUGUAGAAUAGUCACCAAACAAUUAAAUAGUGAAGGAAGAUCUACCAUCCCUCUGGGAACCGUAACACCCUGGCUUGUUUUACAUUAUAUUUUAUUAAGGGAAGAACACCGACAGCAAGCUAAAAGAAUAACAAAGCAUGUUAAGAAAGAUAAAAGACUGAGUGGCAGUAAGUCAGCUUCGGAACCAAUUAAUGAAGAAGUACCCCCUUCUAUAGCAGUCCUAUUUUCAGCACAUGAAUUUUUAGGCAACAAAAGCUGGUGUUUAACAAACGAAGGGGAACUGCUUCACUUCCUUAUCGAUAAAAUUCUAGAUCGAUUAGACACCCCAAUUUUCGAACCGUUACGUGACAAAAUCGAUAUACACUUAGAACAGGCAUUUUUCUGUCUUUACCAACAUCCAAGUAAAAAGAAUAAGGUUUCACGGCACUUGGCAGAUCACAACGUAAAUCCCAUAAAAUUAUCUUGGGAACGGGCACAACAGCUUUACGAAUUCUUUUGCCCUGAAGCUUUGCCAGAAUUCGAAUCGUUCAAGUCUAUAUCAAUCUCUCCAGAUUUGGAGCAACUUUUGCAAAGAAUUACGGCCUUAGUUCCAAGUCAAUAUGAUCCAAAUCCGCUAAUACCAAAAAUCAGAGACUAUAUCAAAGGAAAUGCAGAAAAUUUACCAGAACCGAUAGAUUUUCCGAUUAAAGCACGAGCCAUUUAUUACUUAUUAGGCGACUACUAUUUCAAACAAAGCGAAGUAGGAAAAAGUUUGAAAUAUUUCUUAUUGGAUCUUUCUUGUAAUCCAUUACGACUAGAUUCAUGGGCAAACAUGGCGUUAGGGCUUGCGAAUAGAUUAGAAAACAAGCUGAACCUUUGCGAAAGCUUCAAGAAUGAACAAGAGUUUAACGAUGAAGCCAAAAGUGCGCAGGCCUGUUUCAAACAAGCUCUCAAACUUGCCGAUAAUCACAUUACUUUAUGGAUCGAAUUUGGAUCUUUUGAAUACGCAGUUCAUUCUUAUUAUUCCAGAAUAUUAAAGUACGAAUCAGACACCAUAAGCAUGGAAAAGUUCGAAAAAUUAGAAAACCAAAAGGAACAAUAUUUGGAUAGUUCAGGCAAAAGUUUCAAAAAGGCAUUAGACCUACAUCAGCAAGAAGAAGUCGAGCAAGAUGAACGUUGGUUACACCAUUACAUGAUGGGCAAAGUUGCGGAAAAACGAAGAAUGGAACCUGCAGAAUAUUUACAACACUACUUAACGGCUUUAGAACUCCUCCAGGAAAACAAAGCUGCUUAUCCCGAGAAAAUAAACUACAACAGCCCUCAACAUUUGGCAGUCGAAGUGUUGGAAAUACACUACAGGGUCCAUGCGUCCGUAUUAAAAUAUUUAGAGUUGCACGAGGGCAAAAAUAUACCAAUAGCAAUUGGAAAAAUGUUUAAGAAAUGUCUGGACAGAUGCGCAUUUCCCGAAGGAAAUUAUACUGCAGUUCAACAAAUAGAUAACAAAGAGCCCCCUCAAGAAAAAACGGCAGCAGUAGAAAGCGAGAUAACUGAAAAAGAAAUUACAACUGAAACUGUGCCUGAAGUAACUCAGCUAAAACAGGACGAAAAAGAAGUCGAUAUUAAGAAAACCUUGAAUCAAGUCAAAGAAUUGCCAGGGAAAGAACCAGUCACUUUAGAUAACGAUGCCAAAGAUGUUAUCAUGAUAUCUGAUUCUGAUGAUGAAAGAGGAUCAAUAAAAACCAAGCAAAAUAAUAGCGAAGACGAAAUAUUAUUAUCUCCUCCUCAACAAUUAAGAAUUAAAAACGUACAAGAAUUGAUGGACGAAGUGAUGCUGAAAACUAUGAAGGAAGAAGAAGCAAUCGAAGAUAUCGAUUCUGACCCAGCCAAUGCCGAAGCAGAAUUCAAUAAAUUCUUCGAAAGCACAAAAGAAAAAUUGCAAACGGAAAUAAGCAAAUGUAUAAAAGAGGAACAAGAAACCAUCGAAAAGAACGAGACAGCAAAAUAUGUAGAAGAUAAAAAAGUAAUUGAAAUUAAAACGAAGAAAGAAGACGAAGAAAAGGGCAUUCGGAAAUCUCUUGAUGAUACUACAACAACAUGCAGUUCAUCGAGUGAUUCUUCCAGUUCUGACUCUGACAGUGACGAUUCUAGCAGCACAACAUCUACAGCCACUUCUUCAGAUGCUCCCACAGGCUUUCUAAGUAACUCAGAAAUAGAUAAUCUCAUUAAUCAGUGCGUAGAAGGUUUGGAGCAGUACAUUAUCAGACUCCCUCAAAAUUACAAAGCACUUUACCGGUUAACCCACCUUUUCUUCCAUUACAAAUCGAGGAAGGACUUAUCAAAGUGCAGACAGCUCCUUCUGGGGCAGUACAGAUGUCGGAAUAAUAUGUUGGUAACGGGAUUAUUUUCUGAUAGGAAAACGAACAACUUUUUUAAUGGAGUCUGGAGAAUUCCUUCAGGUGAAAUAGACCGCCCAGGUUCCCUAGCAGCUCAUAUGGUGAGAUGUGUAACAAUACUUUUACAAGUACUUCGAAACACCAACGAUCACAAAAUUCUAUUAGAUGUAUGUCUACAGUUGAGGAGGAUACCUGACCAGGACAAGGUUUACGUUAAAGAAACAGAUAGAAUUCAAUUGGCAGAUCACGCCCUGUUCCUUUGUAUGCAAUCCUUGAAAGUCCAAGUCAAAAACAUCAACAACAUGAGCCACAGUUCUGCUCAGAAAUUUCUACUAGAUCUGUACAGGGCUUAUCAGCGUGUUCAAAAACAUAUUAUGGAAAAGGAACGUGACUUUUCAGGGAUGCUUGAAGAAGUGUACAAGAAAUUUAUGAAAGAAAAGCUCCCAGAAAACGUAAGUACCCUCGACUUGGCUGUUAAAUUUUGCCAACAACACAAAGCUGCUGAAAAAACCAAAAUGCAGCAGCAAAAGCCUCCACCUGUUCUUGUGGCACCAACUGUAUCAACAUCUGCUCCUGUUCAUCCCUCUCCGUCUACAAUUACUUCCACGAUGAACAUCCCUUUAAAACGCCCAAGUAUACCUGGAAGAACAAGAGGUCGUCCCCCCGGUCCCAGUAAGAAUCCAGGUAUCCGAAAACCGUCGUCUAGAGGUAGAGGCGUCCACAGGAGUCUUUACAACCCUUUCACCUCCUACCAGAGUCCCAUGUUCGACUCGAAAUCGUUAAACUUCGCUUUACAAUACCAAGAACUUCUUCGUCAGUACAAUCAACUGACUCAGUUCAGUCAGAUGGCUACGUCUCCAAGUUCGGUGAUGUCGUCAAACUUGAUGCAAAUGCUCACCCAAUUAACCAGCAGAACGAUGAACCCUCACUCAUCAGGUCUAAACAAUCUGUGGGGCAAUAUGGGCCCCAUCGGCGUCACGCCCCCUCCAACUACCAUGAUUCCCAUGACUCGUCCCUUGCAACAACAAUCGACUAGUAAACUAAACACGAGUAGUUCAUUGCAGAAAAGUUCUUCUUCGCAGAAGAGUACAGGAUCGGGUUCAUCCGUUAUACACGGAAUUGGUGGGGUCAAGAAGAUGCCCUUUGUACCUCCAAAUUUUCCCUGCACAAGCACUUUCAAAUAUCCCAGUACAGAUGUGCCAAAGGUGAAAGCUAAAGAUGUUACCAAAACUACUUCAAGUACUUACAUUUCCAAGGAUAUUUCCCAUUCGGCCAAGAUCUCUUCGUCUCUCUCCCAAUCUGAUGACGUCUCAAAAUUGACAAGUCAGCUAGUCAAAGAACGUCCUAGUAUUUCUAUCACACCCGUGGUAUCAUCAACAGGGGGCGCGAGCAUUGUAUCAUCAUCUCAAUCGAAAAUACCAACAUCGCCCAUGAAAACAUUACAAGAAAAACUGGCUGACAAGCAGAAAAAUGCGAGCGCCAAAAACGUUUCAAAAAGCUUCAGCUUCGAUAGUGUUGUCCCCAACAAACCAACAGCAGUACCAUCUUCGAGUGCUUCUCAACAGAUACCCACGUUUCCGAAAGAGUCGGGAAUUACUGUGAGCCAGGUAAAUUAAAAAAUCCAUUAAUAUCCUUUAAUAAUAACUAGUUUUUCCCCCUAUCAG